AUGGCCGCACUCAUUCUCGCCGAAGUAGCCCCAGAAACUCUGGCAGCACCUGUAUCAACUGCCACUACCGUCGUUCUCCCGUCUGAAUCGCCAUGGCUGCACCAUCGUCGCACCACGUCGAGCGCGUCAGAAAAGUCUGCGCCUACACUCACCCGCAACAGUUUUGCGGGCCCGGCCCCUCCGGCGUUUCCGCCGCUGUUAAGACUUUGGCAAAAAUUCAAUGACCCAAGUCCAAUGGAUUCAGGAGCAAUAACUUAUGUUCAAAAAGCAUGGACGAAGUACUUUCUAGCCGUAAUUGAUACUCUGUCUGGAUUAGAACUUUCUCUGAAUUGGAAUUUUGUUUUUGGAUUGGUUAUUUUGUUUUCCUUUUUCUGUUUUUCUUGCUCCAACCAAACCAACCAAACCCAUGGACCAUGUGAAUUGACCAACCCUACAUGGGUGAAGUCAGUUGACAAACAUUUGUUACUGCAAUCAUAUUUAGGAUCCUCAAGAGCUAAUGUGAUUGUAGCCAAAGAUGGUUCCGGAAACUUCAGAAAUGUUAAAGCAGCUAUUGACUCUAUUCCAAAGAGUAAUAAUAAAAGGUAUGUGAUAUAUAUUAAAGGUGGAGUCUACGAUGAAAGAGUUGAGGUAAAAUCAACUAAUGUAAUGCUUGUGGGAGAUGGUAUUGGAAAAACCAUAAUCACAGGCAACCGAAGUGUUGGAGGAGGCUUCCAAACCCAUGAUACAACGACUUUUGUUGCUACGGGUAAUGGAUUUAUUGCUAAAGGCAUCACAUUUAGGAAUACUGCAGGAGCAGCAAGUCAUCAAGCAGUAGCAAUGCUUUUCACCUCAGAUAGGUCAGUAUUUUACAAAUGUGAUUUUGAGGGUUAUCAAUACACUUUAUGUCUUCAAGCGGGAAAGCAAUUUUACAAAGAAUGUGACAUCUACGGCACAGUGGACUUUAUCUUUGGAAAUGAUGCUGCUGCAGUAUUGCAAAAUUGCACAAUUUAUGCAAGAAAUGCAAUAAACACCUCUACCAUAGUAAUCACUGCUCAAGGUAGAACUAAUCCUGAGGCAUCCAGUGGAAUCAUCAUCCACAACUCCAAGGUCAUUGGUGCCCCAGGCUUCAACCCUAGUUCUGUGAAAGCAUACCUUGGCAGACCUUGGAAAAAUUACUCAAGAACAGUGUUCAUGAAGACCUCACUUGACAGUUUCAUCAACCCUGCUGGUUGGAUGGAAUGGGAAGGUUCACCUAAGUUUGAUGACACUUUAUUCUAUGCAGAAUAUGCAAACAGUGGUCCUGGCUCCAACACUGUCCACAGGGUCAACUGGAAGGGUUACCAUGUUUUCACUCAUGAAUCUCAGGCUAAACCUUUUACUGUUAAAAACUUUAUUGAUGGUAACUCUUGGAUACAUAAUACUGGUGUUCCUUUCGAUUCAGGACUUUAA